AAAUUUGUAGUUUUUAAAGGAUCCUUUUCGCAAUAAUUUGUAGAGAGAAGACGUCGGCGUUACUCGUGUAUGUCCUUUUUUGAGCCAGGAAUUCUUCGGUUUCCUCCUAGCAUCCUCCUCUGUCUAUGCCCGACCGCCUCUCACUAUCUCUUCAGAGCCCUCUCUUAAAAAUCGCUCCGCUGACUACGCGAAAAACCGUCCCCACACAACGUUGCUUAGUUAAAACCCUUUUUGUAUUUUUUUGCUCGUAUCUGUCUCUUGGCUACUCAUUCUGCUGCGCCGUGCGUGAAGAUAUGCUUGAAAAAGCCUGUCUCUGUGCGACCUUUUUUUUGUACUUGUGACGAUGUCGACUGUGAACCCUGCCGAUGCUGUCGGCGAAGCGAAGCCGGGGCCUGAAGUUACCGUGGAAUUUGUGCAAGCGAUCGCCCGCGAGGCAGGCGAAAUCCUCCGAACGUCCUUCUACGAUAGGAAUAAGAAGGUCGACACGAAGGACUCUCCCGCCGAUCUUGUCACGGAAUACGACAGAGCCAUUGAAGACCACCUGAAGAAAAGGAUCCACAAGGCGUUUCCAACGCACCAGUUCUUGUGCGAGGAAUCUAGCACAUCGAAUGAUUGCCUAACAGACGCUCCGACAUGGGUGAUUGAUCCAAUUGACGGGACGACGAACUUUGUGCAUUCAAUUCCUCACACCUGUGUGUCGAUUGGAUUCGCGGUCAACAAACAGGUCCUCAUAGGCGUCGUGUAUGCUCCAAUUCUCGAAGAACUGUUCACCGCUGAGAAGGGAAAAGGAGCUUAUUUGAAUGGUGAACGAAUUCACACAUCAGGGCGCCGGGACCCUUCUCGUGCUGUCGUGUGCUGCGGCUUUUCCGUCAGUUCUCUGCGCAAGAUUGGUAUGCCUGACGUCGACCCUGUUGCCCAAGCGGCCGCCCGCGAGAUUGAGAAAUCCGUUAUGAACAACGUCACUUACUGCGUGCACAACUGCCGUGAUAUACGGCAUUACGGAUCGACGGCCCUCGAGCUCUGCUACGUUGCGGCAGGUCGUCUGGAUGCGUAUCAGUCCCUUAGCCCGAAGGAAUGGGACCUCGCCGCAGGCGUACUAAUUGUGGAGGAGGCAGGCGGAUGUGUGAUUGACUUCGACGGAAAGCCGCUGGAGCUCCAUGUACGACGCGCACUUGCUGCAAGCACAGAGGAACUGGCCAGAUCAUUCGUGGGCAAACUUACGGCUCCUGGCCUAUAAGGAUUCAUUACUAUGUAUUGGAGGACGCCGGUCGGGCUCGGAGAAUUCGUGGCAAACAUACAGGAACAAGGAAUAUGCCUCAGAAGCAGAGGAAGGUGUGCAAGUGCACACCAGCUGGGAACCUUCUUUUUGACACUGUUCCGUUUUUCCGGCUGAGUUUCGUUGUUGUCUCUUUCUGCACGAGUCGAUGCCUUUGCCGUACGUUAUCUCUGUCACUUAACUUGUCGAAACGUGUUCUCUAGGGUCUACAGUCCUGGCAGCCGAAAGACGGUGUGCUUAUCUUGAUGUAAAAGCCCUCUCGAUAACGCGAGCCUGACGUGGCCACCCGUCCAUCAAUAGUGUUAGUAUUCUACCCUAGUUUUCCUUUUGAAGUUUCCCUUUUGUUGAUGGAGGGAGUUUUAUGGACAGGCGUGUGUCGCUCCGUUGCUGGUAUUCGUAGCCUUUCAUUAUUGAUCGUGCUGUGACUCUACAGGAGUUGACAGCUCAGACAUUGACAGUGCUCAUUUUGGAGAAAGCUCGUUUUUGAUCCUGCACGUAAAAGCUGACAUGGCAUGGAGAGACAAUGCACAACAGUUGCCGACUUCUCGACCAGAACCAUGUGUACAUAACGUGCCUUGCCUACUGUUGACAGAGAGACCCAUUCAGGCAGAUGACUGUAGAGCCUAUUCCGUUCCCGCGUGCUAUCUUGUCGCCUUAUCUUGGCAGAACCUCGACCCUUUGAGAUCCCCGCCAGGGGAGAUACCGAUUGUUUUUGCUAGCCGCGAAUGUAGUCUCUCCCAGCGCUCUAAGACUGUUCGUACACUUGUUAAGCGUGUAGUGUCACUGCCCAGAUAGUGCGGAAGUCUAACUUUGAAUAAUGCCUCUGAGCACCACUCCCAUCUACUACCUCUUCAGAGAA